AUGGAAAGCGCUCCCUUUGAAAUUUUCAAGGAAGACAAGUGCCUCUCCUCGCCUGCCGAAGACUGCUCAGUGAAUUCCUCAGCCUGGCUCUCCGGAUACUCAGAGAGCCACAAUCUGACCCAGGAUGAGAGCUGGGAGCAGGAGGGCAUGUCUCCCAUCAUCCCCAUCAUCACUGCGGUCUACUCCGUGGUGUUUGUGGUCGGCUUGCUGGGCAACUGCCUCGUCAUGUAUGUUAUCAUCAGGUAUACAAAGAUGAAGACAGCCACCAACAUUUACAUAUUCAAUUUAGCUCUCGCUGACGCCCUCGUCACCACAACAAUGCCUUUCCAGAGCACAGACUACCUGCUCAACACGUGGCCCUUCGGCGAGGUGGUGUGCAAGGUCUUCAUCUCCAUCGACUACUACAACAUGUUCACCAGCAUCUUCACCCUCACCAUGAUGAGCGUGGAUCGCUACGUGGCCGUGUGCCACCCGGUGAAAGCCCUGGACUUCCGCACGCCAAUCAAAGCCAAGAUGAUCAACGUGUGCAUCUGGAUACUCUCCUCAGCCGCGGGGAUACCUGCUCUUCUGUUGGGCGGAACCCAAACCAACAACGGCACGACAGAGUGCGCCUUACAGUUCCCUGAACCGUACGUGUACUGGGACACGCUGAUGAAGAUAUGCGUGUUUGUGUUUGCCUUCGUCGUGCCUGUGCUCAUCAUCACCGUGUGCUACUCCCUGAUGGUCCUGAGGCUGAAGAGCGUGCGCCUGCUGUCCGGCUCGCGGGAGAAGGACCGCAACCUGCGCCGGAUCACGCGCUUGGUUGUGGUGGUGGUGGCCGUGUUUGUGGUCUGCUGGACGCCCAUCCACAUCUUCAUCCUGGUCAAGGCCCUCGUGAGCGUGCCGGAGACCACCGCCGUCAUGGCCGCCUACUUCUUCUGUGUGGCUCUGGGCUACACCAACAGCAGCCUCAACCCCGUCCUCUAUGCCUUCCUGGAUGAGAACUUCAAACGCUGCUUCAAGGACUUCUGCCUCCCCGCCAAGCUGAAGGGGGAGAGGGUACCAGGGAGCAAGAAGGCACACUGCACCGUGAGGGAGGCCCCUGUUCCCCUGGAGAACACAGACGGGACCAGCAAGCCCACAUGACUAACAAUGGAACUGUCUUCGAUCUCCCACAUUGGAAAAGAGGACUCAAACGACCUGGGCCUGACCCAAGUC